ACAUGUCAUCAAACCCAUAUCAACGACGUAUCCGCCCCAACUUUCUUUCUUUCUUACCACCGUCUUGACUGCUACCUAAUCAGUUUCCUCAGUACAUAUUCCACGCCCCCUUGAGAUGUCCGCGACACAAAAGGUUCAGCAGCACCCUGCUUUCAUCCAGGCGCAGAAUAAGGCAAAUUAUUACUUCCAACAGCUCGACAAGGAACUCACGAAGUAUCCAGUGUUGAACACAUUUGAGCAGCGAACUCAGAUUCCAAAGACAUAUUUUGUCAGCUGCACGGUCCUUCUCCUCACCCUUUUCCACUUUGUCAACCCUCUCGCCGCGCCUGUCUCUAACCUCGUUGGAUGGGGCCUUCCGUCCUACCUCUCCUUCAAGGCGCUGGAGAGCCCCGGGCAUCAGGAUGACGUUCAGUGGCUCACGUAUUGGGUUGUCUUUGGUUUCUUUAACUUCCUCGAGAGCAUUGCACUCAGAAUGGUUCUCUACUACUUCCCGUGGUACUUUGCAUUCAAGACAGUGUUCAUCCUCUGGCUGCAGCUCCCAACCUUCCGUGGCGCACAAACGAUUUACGGCGUUGUGUUGAAGCCUGUCGUGUCAAACUUGGCCGGCUCGCGUGCUGUAGCGCACACCGAUACGGUGACGGCUGAGGGUGUCCGUGACCGCGGUAAUUCAGAGUGAUUUCGGACACGCCCCCUCGCUAUCGUCGGCUCUCGUUUCGGUCUGUGUAUGUAGUUCGGCUUGGAUGGUCAUAGACACUAUCAUACGCCCCCUUUCCAUUAUCCAUGCUUUUGCUCAAGCCUGAGGAGUAAUUCGUUUUACGUUUCGAUAUGUUCUAGUUCACGUAUCUCUUCAAACCAUUAUUGAGCUUUUUUUACGCCACAUCAUACAAGCGUCGCGACGCGCGCGUGGAGGGUGGCUGUUGCGCUCUGAUUGGAUGUUACUUCUGUUAUGGAAAGUCACCAGGUUUCAGAUCUCAGCGUACUCG